AUGGCUUCGUGUUUUUGCUGUUUUCGGUGUACAAACUCUCUUUUUGGGCCAGGCCAUGUUCCACUUAAAGAGUUACCCGUUGUCAAGUUAGAUACAUCACAUAUGGGCAAUGAUGUAGUUAUAGUGAAAAAUGGUAAAAGAAUUUGUGGAACUGGGGCAGCCCUUGCCAAUGCUCCUAUUCUACAAAAUAAAGCUUAUUUUGAAAUCAAAAUUCAAAGUACAGGUAUAUGGGGUGUAGGGUUAGCCACACAGAAUACAGACGUUAACAAGGUACCAAUAGGUGAAGAUGCUGAAUCCUGGGUAUUACGACAUACUGGAGAAUUAGUCCAUAAUAAACAAGUUCUAAAUAAAUUAUCACCAGUUCCACAAGAAGGAGAUAUAGUGGGUCUAAGUUUUGAUCAUAUAGAUUUAAAGUUUUAUAUUAAUGGUGAAGUAACAGAGAAAUCUGUAACUGGUAUUAAAGGAACAGCAUUCCCUAUCUUCUAUGUUGAUGAUGGAGCUGUAUUAGAUGUUCAGUUUGAGAAGUUUUAUCACACUCCACCUGAUGGUUAUGAUAGUAUAAUGAUAGAACAGUCAUUACUGUGA